GUAGGGUCUGGAGAUGGGAUCGGCUGACGGCGGGGGGAGCAAACUCCACCCAGCAGAUAGGAUUCCUGGCAGGCGGAGCAGGGAGCUGCAUGCGCCGAAAGGGCUCGGGCUGGUUGGUCGGGACGCUUGACAAGUCCCGCAGAAAAACUUGAGAGGGGCAAAGUCCAGCCUGAGUGUGAGGGAGACAGAGUGGAAGUUGAUGUGUGAGAGCGUGCUGGGGACACAAUCACAUGCAAUUUUAAAGAAAUGCUCCAAAGAUGGCGGUGGUAAUAGCGACUGGAGUUUCAGGUGCCUCCGGAGUGCAAAAAAGUGGAUUUGUUGAGGUUUUGGUGCGGGAGCAAUGGCACAAAGUUUUGGUCAUCUUAAACGAGGAAGCGCUUACGUUAAGUUGCGAGGAAAGCUGCGUUAACGACAACGUGAUCGACAAUGUCAACUCCAACGGCGUUACCAACGGAUCUUACUUUGACAACAAUAACACCAACUCCAACAACGGCCCCCAAACUGUGCGCACCGCGUUCACGGACCUCCCGGAGCGAGUGCCCGAGGCGAUCGCCAACAGAAAGCGGUGCGUUAAGGUGACCAAGCAGGAGAUCGGGGGGCUUGGGAUCAGCAUCAAAGGUGGGAAGGAGAAUAAAAUGCCUAUCCUCAUCAGUAAGAUAUUCCAGGGGCUCGCAGCGGACCAGACCCAGGCUCUGUAUGUCGGGGACGCCAUCCUGUCAGUGAACGGCGUGAACCUGCGGGACGCGACCCACGACGAGGCUGUGCAGGCGCUAAAACGGGCCGGGAAAGAGGUGACACUGGAAGUGAAGUACAUGCGCGAGGCCACACCGUACGUGAAAAAGGGCUCCCCUGUGUCUGAGAUCGGCUGGGAAACACCCCCUCCUGAUUCUCCCCGUCUCUGCAGCUCUCCCAUCACCUCCUCAUCUGAACCUCCGAGCUCUCCUGCCCAGCCCUCCCUGUCUCUGCAGGGCGACAGGAGGUGCAUACCACUCAAGAUGUGUUGUGUAACCCGAGCCAUGACCACACCAGACCCUGAGAACAGACAACUGGAGUUGCACUCCCCUGAUGCUAGGCACACCGUGGUGCUGCGUUGCUCAGACCAACCAUCUGCCCUGUCCUGGUUCACUGCCAUGCACACUGUCACAUCCACACUGGCACAGCGGGCGCUGGCAGAGGUUAUCCAGAACACAGCCAGGACUGGAGUAGCUGGCAGCAAAGAAAUACGACACCUGGGAUGGCUGGCUGGGAAGACAGAGAGUGAGAAGCAGUGCUGGAAGCCGGUGCUGGUGGUUUUGACGGAGAAAGACCUUCUUCUGUAUGAGACUUUACCACGAGGCAAGGAGGCCUGGCAGAGCCCUGCACAUACCUAUCCACUCUUAGCAACGCGUCUGGUACACUCUGGCCCUGACCGGGGGUCGCCUCAUUCUGGUACAGAGCUGUUCUUUGCCACUCGGACUGGCACACGACUCGGCAUCGAGACUCACCUGUUCCGUGCUGAGACCACCAAGGAUCUGUCCCUCUGGACUAGACACAUAGUCAACGGAUGUCAUGCCUCAGCUGAGAUGAUCAAAGAAGUCACGACGAGUUGUCUUUACCAGAGUCAAGAGUGCCGGCUGGUGAUUCACUACGAACAGGGCUUCUCUGUGCUGGCUGACCCCAAACUGGGAGACGGGGAGGAGAGGGGCGCUCACACACCCACCAGGCCCCGAGUGCUCCUCUCCUACCCCUACGAAAAACUAAAGUUGUCCUCAGAUGACGGAGUCCGCAUGCUAUUCCUUGACUUCGGCGGGAAGGAGGGGGAGAUUCAACUGGACCUCCACUCUUGUCCUAAGCCGAUCGUCUUUAUCCUCCACUCCUUCCUCUCUGCUAAGAUCUCCCGCCUGGGUCUGGUGGCCUGACCUCUCUAAAGGGACAUUUCAUAUCUUUUGAAAACAGAAAUCUACCUUGUUUCUCCACCUUUCUGCAGCCCGCAUGCAGUAGUACACCACGUCAAACGCUGUCAGUCGGGGACCCAAGCUGAGUGAAUGUAGCCUCUAUUGACCUUUUUUGGGGUCUCCAAGUUAAAGAAACACUGGAGAAAACAAUUCAGGUUGGUUUUGCUUUGAUUGGAAUUAACAGAUUCCUUUGGGGGAUAAACCCUCCCUUUAAGGGCUGCAAGGACUGAAGUGUUGACUGAAGAACCACAGAAGAAAACAGGGACUGGACUAGAAGCAGCAGGAUGAUAUACUGUAUACAGAGGGACCCAAAUUGGGCAUUACUGUCACGUCCUGGAUUGGAAGGACUGGACAUGUGCAGUAUGUUUGAGAUGAAUUUACUUUUAAUUCAAUCAAGAUGUAAUAGCAAACUGCCUUCCAUUCACCAAUUAUUUAAUUUAUUCACCAUUAGCUCUGAAUUUCUCUUGGCCAUUUUUCUUCAGCAGACAUUUGACACACUCUGGAAAAACUUUAUGCAUUUGUCUUUGUUAGUGUCUCCUGAAAUGUCUUGUUAGCACUGUCAGCAUUCAUCAUUGAAAGUGGCGGGCACAAUCACCCACACAGUUUCCCACAAA